GUUUUGUUUGCCGGUUGGAGUGGUUGAUGGUGUUCGUAUUAGACACAUUACGGUCGGUUGGAUUGAAUUAUUUGAUAUAUCGCUCAUGUUGUGAUUCGGUUCGGAAAAACGUUUUAUUUGUUCCGAUAUGAGUGAAAUUUUGUUUACCAAAUUUGAAGCACAAAUGUUACGAUUGCUUUUGCAAGCAAUUCAAUCAAAUUUUUCCUGUUGAAAUGUUAUACCCGUGAACAGGAUAUCCGUUUGAGUGAAAAUAAUGAAAAUUUCGUUAAUUUCGAACUAAGAGGACUUUGAUAAUUUGGAUUUAAUUUUUACUUUCGCAAAUAACACACGUUUAAUACGGAAGUUCGUCAGGUAUGUGCAAAAUAUUUUCUUUAGGAAAUGCACAUGAUACCUUGUGAUAAACGUUAUACGUGAUAAGAUUAAUUUGAGGGCAAAUUUGGAUUAUCAACCGCUUUGUUAGUUUUGACAAUUAUUGUUAUUGAAACAAGUGCUAAAUGUAGCUGAAGGUAUUUAAAAAAAAAAAACAAAGAUCAGAACUUCUGCACUGCACGAUGGAUCGAACUGACUUCAGUGGCAUCAACAAUUAUACAAUUUCUUUAAAUUGUUGACAUUAGAAAAAAAAAAGAAGAAUUUUAAGAAUAAUGGUCGCUACACAUAACUAAAAAGCUGUUGAUGCUCAACAAACUUUGCUGAUGAACAUUUUCCAGUAAUAAUCGUACAAAAGUUAUGUUGCGAGAGUGGAAGGCAAUAUCAUCGAAACAUGUGCAUCAUAUUAUCGUAUAAAUAUAAAAGUGCUCGGUUGCGGUGCGAGACGUCUAAUUUUAUCUAAUUUCAUCGUUUGUGCAUUUUAUUACCAUUUGUGACAUCUCAUAUUUUUGUUAUUUAUGAUCUUGAUGCUUAACUGAACGGAAAAACGUUAGGGAGUUGUGUGUGCAUCUACGUGUGUAUGCUGUUCAAACAUGCUAAAUGAAUAUUAUUGCUGUACGAACUGUUUUGUACAUAAUAUGUGCGUACGGAUUAAUGUGUUAUGUGGUUGAGUACGGUAUUUUAGGAUGCUACAAAUAAAUUAAGAAAAUCCUAACGAUAUUGAGAAUUGCGUUAAGUGAUUCAAUUGUGAAAAGAAUUGUUAUACUUAAAAAGUAGAACACGGGGGUAAUAACAAAUUUGAUGAGCACGUGAUACAUUUUCCUUACGCUCAUUUUCAUUCGUUUUUUUUACAAGUUUUUAUAUAGACGCACCAAAAUAAAGUGAAUUUCUAAUUCAAAACUAUUUUCGUUAUAAAAAAAAAAAUCUUUGUUAUUUUUAUUGCACCGUCUUUGUGUUAAAACGUUUAAAUUUUCGGUACGGCGCGCGGUUAAGAUGCUGUAGCAUUUUAUAUCCAUAAUAAACAUAAGACUAUUUAGUGAACCAUAAAAAUACCAACCUUUUUUUAUAAGAAGCGACAUUUGUGUCCAUAUGUUACAAAAAUAACAAUAUUUUUCCUUUAUAAAUAUCAUAAAAAUAACAAAACAAAAAAAUAUAAAAAAGUAAUUAAAAUAAUCAUUCCACAUUUGGUGUUUUAAAAUAUGAAACGUUCACUCAAAAUUGAUAAUAAAUAAAAUUCGAUAUCAUCAAUUUACGAUAAAAAUCCAAGUUUCAAGUAAAACACACAUAUAAGGUAAUUAUGACAGUAAUUCACACGGCAACCAGAAACUAUAUUUCGUGAGUGGCUGAGAUACAAUAAACACACCAUUUCAAAAACCGACGUAAAAUCAAAUGUAGUUUAAUCUCAACACAAUAUAAGUGCUUGUUAAUUUAAUAAAAAAAAGAAAAUCGGAAUACGAGAAGCUAUGGAACCGAACACUUUUCGACGGAGCAGUUUGAACAUGUAUAACAGGAACUGUAGUUGGAGAAGGUUAAUUGAAAUCGGAGUAUUUUUCCUAAUAAUAGCGAAUUGUGGCCUUGGAACAGCGGCUAUUAGGAACGUAAGCCUGUUGGUAGAACCACCUGCUGUAAGGAAAGGUCAGCAUGCGACAUUAAAAUGCAUUUAUGAUCUAGAUAAUGCCCCAUUGUAUUCUGUUAAAUUUUAUCGUGGCUUGAGAGAAUUUUAUCGUUAUUCACCCAGUGAAGUUCCAAGCAGUAAAAUAUUUCCAUUUCCUGGCAUUCAUGUCGAUAAUACACUAUCGAAUGCCAGUCAAGUAAUUAUACGAAAUGUUGGUUUCGGAUUGUCUGGCAAUUUUUCAUGUGAGGUAACAGCUGACGCACCAUCAUUUUCGACGGCUACUGCUCAUAUUCAUAUGCAAGUGGUUGAGUUUCCUGAAAACCGACCACUACUGUGGACUGACCGAGAUCGAUAUGAGCCUGGCGACGUUUUACGAGCUAACUGUUCCAGUCCGCCAUCACGGCCCCGUGUAGAAUUAACACUUACAUUAAACAACAUGGUGAUGGACUCAGCCGACCUCACCUACAUCCAAACGAGUGAUAAUUUGUUUUCUUCGCGAACGAGUUUAAAAUUACAAUUGCAGAGUUCACAUUUCGGUAAUCCUGUUCAUUCACCGCAAGGAAAUGGAUUGAUAUUAAGAUGCACAGCACGAAUUGAUAAUUUAUAUCAAGAAAAUGCUGAAAUUGAGUUAGGUGUACCGCAAAGGGACCCGAUACCAGCAAGAGUCACAUCUUCAGCAGUCAAGAACAGUUGGGCAACUUCGCUUGAAUUGAUAGUGAUUGCUUUUUUCCAUCAUUUUAUUUCGACACAAACCAUUGCCACCGUGAGAUAGUUCCUGAAUUUUGUUUCUUUUUUGUAAAUUUUAUUUACUGAAUAGUAAAAUUAGGAUUUACCUGCGUUCCUAAAACGACAGCUAUGCUAUUCUCCAAAUAAAUAUGGUUAAUUAAAAAUCGAAGUGUUUAACUAAUUUAUUUUUUUACAAUUUUCAAAACGGAAUAUAUUACGUUUAUCUAUUGCAAUCAGUUCAUUUCCAUAAAUAGAAUGUGGUUAAGAAAAUAGUGAAUGACGCCACACAAUGUUAAUAGCGCAAAUUACAUUGAGUGCUGCGAAAGUAAUUCAUUACAUGCGGGGACAAUUUCUGUCAAUUUCUGUCAGUUCGCAAUUUCACAAAAUUGUGCCUUUAUGUAAUGAAUUACUUUCGCAGCACCCGAUGUAUACUGCUUUGGUGCCUGCCUCUCCGAUGAACAAAUAUAAUGUGGAGUCGAGAUAGUGUAUUACCACAUAAGUUGGUCUUGGUCAUGAGCAUUGUUAUCUUAUGUUGCAUUCAUAAUACGAACAGAAUACAAACAAAACAAAAUUUACAACGGGUGAAUAACGUAACGAGUGAUAGUAAAUUUGGUUUUGUUUGUAUGCAGCGUUCGUACAUGCAACAUCAUUUUUUCGGAGAGGGAAUGCAAUAAAAUAGCUAAGCAUAAUCUUAAAUUAAAAAUUCAAGUGGCAAAAAAUGAUUUAACUAAAAUCAAUGGAGACAUUUCAGGAGUCGCAACAAAAAAGUUCCUAACCUUCCAGCAUAAACAUCUUCCCAGAACAAGACCAUUCAACUUACAAUCUUGUGACAUGCUCAUUGCUCAUGGGAUUCACUCGAUACAAAUUGUUGACUGACAUUGCCGGACUGGCUCAAAAAAGCCCCCACAUAUUUGGACAACAUUUUCUAAUAAGAUCCAUCGGCUCAAGGCAACUGCGUCUGCUCAUAAUUUAGAAGCUUUACGUAAAGGUAGACGCUAUUUGCACCAAAUGAGUCACCAUCACUUUAAACAUAAAUUCUCAAUCGUGAGCGGAGCGAGCGACAAACUUUGUUUUGUAUUGACUGUGCCCACACACAAUGCCGUAUGCAACAAUUUUAGUGUAGAUAUUGUUAUGUGCCCAGUGUGGCGCUAAGAUUUCAUGAGUACGCUGCGUCAUAUGGUCGUUGUUAUGUGAAGUGCAUCCCAUAGGCCAUUGUAACAGCGUAUCGGUCGCUUGCAGUCUGAUGCCAGAAUUAUUUCGGGUUGAUACAGUGCGACUUUUGACUUUUAAUCAUGUAUCGUCUGUAGAAAUUUACGAUCUUCCAACACUGUUUUGAUAUCGUCCAACCUUGAUGUUUUCUCUGUGCUGUGUGCACUCAAGUUCCUGAAUUUUCUCAGUUUUUCUUAGAUUAAUGAACCCUUUGCAAAUUUGUAGCCUGCAUUUAGGCGGAAAAAUAUUCCGUUUUUGAUGAUUUCUUUGAACCAAAACCUUUUUCUGAAACAUCAAAACCAUUAAAGCAUAGAAAAAUGACUUACAUUUAGAGGAAAAAUUGGUCGGUGGGUGAUAACUUAUCCCACUUUGUGAAACCUGUGCAGAUUACACAAUCUUCAAAGGUUUCUCCAAGUGGCAUAAGUUAUCACCCAC